AUGUCAAUUGUUUCGUUUCUAAUGCUUUACUCAACAGUUUUGGUGACAGCCGCUGUUACUGCAAAGCUAUCGAAGCUUCAUUAUUUACCCGAGACGGACAUGAAUGUGGUAAGUACAUAAUGGUUUCAGUCCAGUCAUGGUUGCAUGCUUAUAGACAAAACUGAGCUGUCUUUUCUUUAAUAACCGAUAAGUGCGUCACAAAAUCUUCAAUACCUACCCUCAUUUAUGAGUAUACUUAAUAAACUAAAGCACCCUUUAGUAAAUGCUAAUUGUGGUUUCUAUUUAUGAACAAUAGACAUACGACUGAAAUGCAUGAUGAAUACAUAUUUCAUGACUGCGGCAAACUAAUGUUAAACGGUCAAGUUUCGCUCUACGCUAUUUUGAAUCUUCUCACUCUUUCUUCUGGCAAUUAUUUAAAAUGCUUUGUUGUGGAAAAUGUUCCAAAUAUGCGAUGAAGAUUAGGCAUUUUUGCGUUUUGGAGGAAAACAAAAUAGCUGAAUGAAAGUAAUUUGCCUUCAAACAAAUAAGUGUUUCGGUCAACACCUAAACAUGAACAAUUAUGACGCUUACAGCAUUGUAACGAACACUGAGGCCCUAAAGGUUAAAACGGACAGAGAAAAGUUGGCUCUGUCCUUGUAGUUAUCUGAACAAAUAAUAACCUUUGCGCUUUGAAAAUGAAAGGCGAAGCUAAAACGUCGAUGACGUAAUUGCCUACAGGUAACGCCAGUGGUAUCCCUGAACUUAUGCAUACUGGCAGGCUGCACUGCUGCUGAACUAACUUGAUUUUUGUUAUGAAGCGUUGAAACUGAUUUAAAUUUUUUUUCACCAAUUUGAUUUGUGAAUUAGUUGCAACCUGUAAAAUAUAACGACUCACUAAUUGUAACUCACUCAUAGAGUAAAGGUCGCAACGGAAAGCGGACUGCCAGCAGUCGUUUUAUUUCCUCAAUUGAGGCACGUGAGCUGACUGAUGAUUAUGGAGUUAAAUCUCGCGGUUUUGCUCUCGUUUCUUUGUUCUGCCCUCGGAUUUUUCGCGUUUUUAAAGAAACUAGUCAAAGAGAAGACUGGUCAAAGUCCUUACUCGAAAAGUGGUUCUUGCAGAAUGGGCUUUUCAGGCAGUGACGCGAAGAAAGGGACUUUAAGAUCUGACAACGCGAUGGCAACGAGAACGUAAAAGAAAUAGGUUUAGAGGGCAAAACAACAACUGUACACGUGCACCAUACCUUUUUGUAAAUUUAUUUGCCGUUUUUGCAUGACUACGACGUGAAAUUGCUUACCAUUAUCGCAUUUUAUGGAGGACGUAAACAAGCGACGACGAAAUUUUAUUUCUCUUUCUCAACUUGGAUAGGGAUCCUAGUAAUUCAACUCCAGGGGGGUUCUCCUACUUUGAACUAUAAAAGUAAAUGGGUAGGAAUAAUCGCGAUAAACACUGGAAGAAAGUAAAUUCACUUUUUAUGCGACGUUUUCGCUGCCAUCGCGUCGUCGGAUCGUAAAUCCCUUAUUUUAGCCAAGUCACGCAACCCCGAGAGUUUUGGGCUAAAUCUAUAGAUUAUUUUUAAUGUUGCAACAACAUUUGGCUCCAAAAUCGACAGCAACAGCGACAACAAAACAAAAAACAAAGGUUAUUUAGAAAAUGUGACGCUCUGCAUUUCCAAGAACUGUUAAGACUUUCGUCCUUUAAGUGACUGUGUCGAAGUGGAAUUUGGAUAUGUUGGGUUUUAAGGAGAGGGGGAGUGCCAGAAUAAAACCUCUUGGAGAAGAGAACCCAGGCAGCUUUGCUUUGGUGAGAAGAUGAUUGCUCUUAUCAGUGCGCCAGCUCUUCUCCCCACACAUUCCACAUGGAACCUGUCAGAUUCUCCCAGUCGACUAACAAAUACUAAAAACCUUGUCUUGUUCAGAGACCUCUAAAGUCAGAUUGAGUAUGAGUAAUUGUGUAAACCAAGCUCGUGUCGCUUGACCUCCACUUAUAUAAGGCGAAUUUGUUUCGAAUUUUUACUUGUCUCAUAUGAAAUCCCAUAAAUCGUUACCUACACUGUGCAAAAUUUCUAAAUAUAUUAAUUUUCCGAACAAGCACCCUCACAUAGUGAUAGUUCAAAAAGGCCCGCAGAGUUUAGGGAAGAAAUACUGACAUCGCGAUCAAUUCUCUCCUCUUUUAAUAUUUUGCAGACCCAAAUCAUCCGUUACAAUGGGUAUCCUGCCGAGGAGUACAGCGUUGUUACAGAUGAUGGUUACAUUAUUUACAUACAGAGGAUACCAUCAGGAAGAAAUCAAGAUCCCAGCAGCGGUCCAAAGCCAGUGAUAUUCCUCCAGCACGGUCUCCUUUGCUCCUCGUCCAAUUGGGUCGUUAAUUUACCGAAUGAGGGUUUUGCUUUCAUCCUGGCUGACGCAGGAUUCGACGUUUGGUUGGGGAAUGUAAGAGGAAAUACGUACGGUCUUCGCCAUGUAAAGUACCCGGUGCAUUCUGAUGAGUUUUGGAAUUUUAGGUCAGACAGUCGCCCACUUUUUAACAUAUGUCGCGUAAGCUAGGGUUAAUCGGGCUACAAAAGCGUGCCAAUUGUUUCGAAGCAUUGGUGCAAAACGCGCGAAAGUGAUGUUGCGCGUUUUAUCAUCCACGUUCAAACCGGUCGUGCAAGUUGCAACAAAUCUGGUUGCUGCAAGUUGCGUGAAUAACUGACUUCUGAUUGUAUGAAAUAAGGCGGGAGUCACGCCAUACACGGGAGUUGCAAAACAAGUUUGCCAUGGGCCGUUAAAACGCGCAUCAUGUACAAAUUUUGGUGCAAAAAGUAAAGCUACUCUUCUUUCUGCAACAACUUUUCAAAACCUGCAACAACCUGAUUUGUUGCAAGACAGGUUAAGGUCGUGGGUGGUAAAACGCUCAACAUCGCUAUUGAACUCGUUUAGUAGCCUGCGUAGCAUGGCGGUUUUGGUUGGGCGCGUUAAGUAAUAAAGGCGGGCGAGGGCAAAGAAACCGCGAGGAGAUUGGGGCGGGUUAGGGUUAGGGUUAGGCUCGACAAAACCGCCAUGCUACGCAGGCUACUCGUUUAGCAGCAGUGUUGCAAAAUAAGUUGUACAUUUUUUGCUGUCCGUUACCAUACGUUUAGUUAUAGCUGGCUUGUGAGGCGGGCUAAGAGGAACUGUGAUGUGAGGCCGCGAGUAACCUCUUCGUUUGGGGACUUUUUCAAGUUCUAUGGCGGCUCACUACAAAUACGACUCGUCGUGAAUAGCUUGCUCUCAGGCUACUGUUUUGUUGGUCGUUGAGUCACAGUAGAUCGAGAGUACGCGUGGGGGGCGAGCGGCGAAGGCGCGAGGAAAGAUGGCGGAAGCUUUUUCCGCUCUCCGCCCACAUCUCUCCUCCUUUUUACCAUUAAUUUGCAAAUUUUACUUUUACACUCGCCGCGCGUGGCUCUGAGGAAAAAAGGACGACCGCUUGCGGUCUAUAGGUAUUAGGGACCUUACGAAACUACGACGGCGACUGCAAGGAGAACGUGAAAAAAACAAUAGUUUUAAUGAGCAAAACAACAACUCUGCACGUGCAUCACGCUUUUUUGUACAUUUCUUUGCUGUGCCUGCACAACAACGACGUGAAAUGACCACACUUUAAGUUUACUUGAGUACGGGAACGACAAGGCGAUAACUUCUACCAUCUCUGUCUGAACUCGGGCGGGGCCCCCUCUCUUCAGCUCCAACCAAAAUUCCCUUCUUUUAAGUAACAGUGCGAAUUGGGAUAAUCGCGAAAACGUCUAAAAUGAUGCGAAGUCCAUUUUUCAACGACGUUUUCAUGGACGUCGCCGUUGUCGGAUCGUAAGGUCUCUAUUGUAACGACGAGCCCCCCGUAAAUGGCUAUACAUAUACCGCUAUUUACUACUCAACUUCGAGAAGGGCCAUCUCCCCAAGUUCUUUUCAGGAAAACGUCGAGCAGGCGUAUUCAUCACUCAACGAAAUGUUCCAACCGUUAAGCGGCCCACGUUACACAGACUUGGUAAUAAAUGGAUAAAAGUACAAGAGAAAUUGCAGUUAUAAAAUGUUUGUUAAUCUUGUAGCUGGGAUGAGAUGGCAAGCCAAGACCUUCCCGCCAUGUUGAACUUUGUUACAAACAAAACAUCACAGUCCUCGAUAUAUUACGCUGCCCAUUCACAAGGAACCUUGAUGGCUUUUGCCGAGUUUUCCAGGAANACUCAACGAAAUGUUCCAACCGUUAAGCGGCCCACGUUACACAGACUUGGUAAUAAAUGGAUAAAAGUACAAGAGAAAUUGCAGUUAUAAAAUGUUUGUUAAUCUUGUAGCUGGGAUGAGAUGGCAAGCCAAGACCUUCCCGCCAUGUUGAACUUUGUUACAAACAAAACAUCACAGUCCUCGAUAUAUUACGCUGCCCAUUCACAAGGAACCACGAUGGCUUUUGCCGAGUUUUCCAGGAAUAAAGAAUUAGCGAAAAAAGUGAAGAAGUUCUUUGCUAUGGGACCCGUGGCCACUGUGGGCCAUAUGGAGAGUCCUAUUAAAUAUCUUGCUGAUGCGAUAGACGAAAUAGAGGUAUGAUGUUAGAUGAACACCGUAGGCAUGUAACCCUGUAGUGUAGACCUCUGUUCCAAUGCUUAAUGCAGGGGUUUUCGUGAGAAACAAUCUAAAUUUACCUCCUAAUUUUGCGGGAAAAAAACUGAUACACAAGCAACAGGUUUAGAUUAACUUUGCAAGUGCAUCAUACUCCUUUGUACAUUUCUUUGCCUUCGGUGAACCACUAGAAACGGAAAUUUCUCUUCAGGUUUUUAUGGAGGACUCGGACUCUCUUGUACCUUCCUUUAAAAUUCAGCUCCACGAAAAUCCGCCAACAUUUGACAAAUUGAAGAGAUGGAAUAAGAGCCUGAAAGCCAUAACCCAUAAGUUAUCUUUCUCAAUUUGGAUAUGGUUCUCAAGCCCCGUGCAAACGGACGCAACAGUGUUGGCUGGCAACUCCCACUUUGACUCUGAAGAUGACUACCGCACAGGUUGUCGAAACCUCAGUCACUGUCAACAACAACAGUCCUAUUCAGGACUACGUUCACCCGGCCGAUCAAACUCAACCAUCUUUUGAAACUCCCAACAUUGUUAGGUUUUAUAUGUUGCGUCCAUUUGCACACCCUGUUGCAUGUUGUUGGAUGUUGUUGGAAGUUGUUACGCAAAGUUUGAAACCGGUCAAACUAUUAGCUCCGCUCCGUGCAAACGGACGCAACAACUCUUAACACUGCGAUGUCCGUUUGCACGUAGCUUUAUGAGUUCAGCUCCAGGCCCCAGUUGUUCAAAAGGUGAUAGCGCUAUCCACUGGAUAAAUCUCUGUCCAGUGGAUAGCGUAAUUGGUUUUCUAAUACUUAUCCACUAGAUUGUGAUUUAUCCGAUGGAUAGCGCUAUCCAACGUUUAAACAACCCGGGCCAGGAGCGUUCGAGUUAGUGAGAGCCUCUGUAUGGAUACCUGCGGUCGACGAUUUCGUCUCGUCUUUUCCAUCAAGUCGUCGGUUUUUUUCAUCAGGCGAACUGAUCGUCGCAUCACAAGAAUUGUUUUGCAUGGUAACGCUACUAGCGAGCUCAGCGCAACCACGACGAUGAUGGAAACGAGAAAAAAGCAAAACAAAAACUGAACGUUGUUACGUUCAGUUUUUGUUUUGCUUUUUUCAGUGGUAGGUUUCUUUGCCGUCAUUGUACGAUUAACGUUGUCAAACUUGGUUAAAAUCAAUGGCGAUCGUCGCGACUUCGAUUUCUUGGGAAAUACCCAUAGAGGCUCACGUGAGUUGCAGGCAGAAUAAUCGCGAUGAAGAGUGAGGAACGCGAAUUCACUUUUUAAGCUUCGUUUCUUGCUGCCAUCGCAUUCUUCGGAUCUUAAGAUCCCUAUUAAUUAUUUUAAGGUGCGUACCUUUAAAACAUGGAAAAUCUUCCUAAUUGUAUUCUUUCUUUUUUAUGCAGUUUUUGUUUGAGGUUUUGGGCGUUCGUGAUUUUCUACCAUCUGAUGACAUUAUUCAUUUGUUGGCUAAAUAUGUUUGCUCAGAUAAAGAAUUUGAAACGUUCUGCUCAGACAUAAUUUUUAUCAUCUGUGGCUUUGAUAAGAAGCAGCUGAAUGAGGUAAGCAAUACUGAGUCAAUAAAAAGAUAAAUCUCAUCCGAUUGAAGAAAUAUAUAAAGCUAUUCCAAUUAACGCUAGGCUGAUUUCGCAAGCUAUAAAGUUGUACCAGAAAGAGGUCACGCUUGAUCACCAAUGAUGGCAUUUCAUCGCUUGCUUGUCGGGUUGAGUUGUAGCAAGUAUGAUCAUCAUACUGAAUUCAAAUUCAAAUCGUAACACUCUCAUUGCGUUAUUCUAAGCGCGCUAAGUUUACACAUUGUCGCGCGCGCAAACAGUUUCAAAUUUAAUAUUUUCGUACAUGUCUGUAAACCCAGUGGGUAAUCAAGACCCAAAUCACAAAGAACUUUUGAUUGUGGGACUCAUCCCUCGUAGUCCUUUAUCCCACAACUAUUAACUGACAUUAUCAUAGAAGGUUCUGUAAUUUGCAAAAUGUCUAUGUCCGUUCAACGUUUCUCAGGUGAUAUUUUACUGCCCAGCAUCCGCCCACAGCACUAUACUCAUUUGUAACCUCUAGUUUUAAGGGUUUUUUUGUUUGCUUUAAUGACAGACUCGACUUCCAAUAUAUUAUACACACACGCCAGCUGGAACGUCAGUCAGGAACAUAGUUCACUUUGCGCAGGUAAGUUCACUGAUUUGAGCUUAAUGCCUGCCGAUCUAUCCGCACCGAGUAUCCUAACAUGCAGUUAGGCACGAUUUCUUAUGCCAUUUUAAUCACAUCUUUCUCUGUAAUUAGAUGUACAAAUCCAAGAAAUUCCAGAUGUAUGAUUACGGAAGUUCCAAGGAAAACAAGAAGCACUAUGGGCAGGUAUGCUUUAUAAAGAGAGGAAUAAACCGAAAAGCUCGGUUUCUUCUUCAUGAAGUAUUAAAAAAGACGUUACUGAGAGGCCAAAAAGGUCGAGUGGAUCUGAAACACAACGGGUGCUAAAGAUUGGUUUUUAAGGACUUGGACGAAUAUUAAUCGGUGUAGGAACUUUUAAAAUAAAUAGCAAGUUUAGGACAAUCACCAGAUUGGUAAUAGGAGAUUAAUUAGGACUGCUGUGAACCUUGGUGUCGCGAGGUAAUGCGUGCAGACGAACUUGUCUGAAUCAUGAGCGGCAUUUGUCGUACCCGUAACACAUUUUUUUUACACGUUUGAGUCAAGUUCAUCGCCCUUUUACGUGAGUUUUCAUAACUAAAGGUAACCACUCUCCACAGUGAGAGCAGUAUUGAAUAGAGUAGACUUUACAUUCAGCCAAAGUUGUCUUACACUCGCGUUACCUUGCGCAGACAGUUUAAAAUCUUUUCCGACGUUUGUCUCUUUUAAUAUAUUUAGUUUUAAAAUGACCACAAAGUGGCCAGGAAGCCUGCGGCUCGGCUUGCCUCAAACAGAAUUCUUUCUCGGGAAAAUUUCCAUUGGCGAAUGGGCCAAAUUGUUCGUCAGGGACCUUGCUUGUACCUGAUAAAUUACCAAGAGAAGCAGACACAUCAAGAACACUGCCUCUUUCUAACUUCUUUCAUACCGUUUCUUUCUAGCCCACUCCACCUCAAUACAAUGCCUCAGACAUGACAGUCCCCGUGGCUUUAUACUGGGCACAGAAUGACUGGCUUGCUGACCCCACAGACGUGAACGCACUUCUUCCACUGCUACCAAAUAAACUUUACAACAAAUACAUCAAAAAUUGGGACCAUUUGGACUUCAUCUGGGGAAUGGACGCUGCUAAAAAAGUAUAUGAUGAUAUAAUUAGAAAUAUUACGUCGGAUUAUAUGGAUGUGUUUAAUCCCGGUUUUGAGCCUUAA